AUGAAGCUCCAGCCGCUGGUGUGCGCAGGGAUCCUGCUGCUCGCCCUGCUGCCCUGCCACGAGUGCCGAGCGCUCAGCAAGAGCCCGGGAGCCGCCCGCGGGGCUCUGCAGCAGCCCGAUUUCUUCCCGCAGCAGCAGCAGCAGCAGCAGCAGCAAACUCUGCCCGUCCUGCUCCGCAUGGGAGAGGAGUACUUCCUGCGCCUGGGCCACCUCACCAAGCGCCCCGCCGGCCCUUUCUCCGCCUCCUCCGGCGGCCACCUCCGGCCCGAAGCAUCCGCCGAGUUGUUGCGGGCGGCCGCGGCGCAACUGCAGCGGUCGGGGAGCCCCGAGGGGGACGAAGGAGCGGGGGAGGCGGUGGAGAGAGAGAAGCGCUCCGAGGAGCCGCCCAUCUCCCUGGACCUGACUUUCCACCUGCUGCGGGAAGUGCUGGAGAUGGCCCGCGCCGAGCAGCUGGCGCAGCAAGCCCACAGCAACAGGAAACUGAUGGAAAUCAUCGGGAAGUGA